GUGAGGCGUACGAGGAGCCCAGGCUGACUUGCUGGUAUGGAGAGUUGCCCUACACAUACGCCCGCUCCACCAUGGCUGCUAACACACAGUGGCAUCCAUUGCUAUUAACCCUUCGCAAUGCAGUAGAGCAGGCAAGUGGACACAGCUUCAACUCACUGCUGUGUAACCUGUAUCGGGACGGCCAUGACAGCAUUGGCUGGCACAGUGACGACGAGGCCUCAUUGGGUAACAAGCCCACCAUCGCCUCGCUCAGUCUCGGCGACACCAGAGUGUUCAGCCUCCGCAAACAGCCUCCACCGGAGGACAAUGGUGACUACACUUAUGUGGAGCGGAUUCGGGUUCCUCUGAGUCACGGGACGCUUCUGCUGAUGGAAGGAGCCACACAAGAUGAUUGGCAGGUAGGCAUCAACAAUCAAAUACAAAAAAAGCCUUCG